UCCAUCCGUCCUUUUCUUUUUCAGUUUAUCAUCAUGGAGAACGAGUCGGUGAUCUUCUGGGAUGGGCAGGGCAGCUCCCAGAAUACAAUCUGAAACUCCGAGACCUCUGCUGCAGGAUUACUACACAUUAACUGCAGUCAUACUACAGUAACGACUCCAACAUUUACUACAAAACUACUUCACCUGCCGCGGAUUCAAGUACGAGAGAAACCACAGCAUCUUUGGAAACUACUUUAUCUGCUACAGAAAGUACUCACUCUACUACUAAUACAAGUACUCGCAGGAUUACAACAAUCCACCAAAGGUCCAACCAAUCAAAACCCAACCAGAGACACAAGAACCUGGCACCUCAGGCUGGACCAGAACCAGAAGCCAAACCAGUACCGGACCAGUAAGCCAGUCAGACUCUGUUGAGUGGAUCACACCAGGCCAGGACAGACCAGAAGAGACCAGUAGAAAUCAGUAAAGGCCAUUGGAAAAGUUUGAUGGGACUGCUGACGAUAGCCACAUGCCUCUGAGUCCGGCUGCUGACACCAAACAUGAUCGCCCGCGGCAACAGGCGGUUACUAACGGCAACCCGACAGGCUCUGCUGUUGCCAGGGACGACGACGCGGAUGACACGCCCCCUGGAAACAGCAUUGUCGUCCGCAUUGGCAUCCCGGACCUGCAGCAGACGAAGUGUUUGCGGUUGGACCCAGAGUUACCAGUUUGGACCAGUAAGCAGAGGGUUCUGGUGACGUUGACUCAGUCUCUGUCGGAUGUUUUGAACUAUGGUCUCUUCCAGCCGGCGUUCAACGGCCGAGCCGGAAAGUUUCUGGACGAGGAGCUGCUGAAGGAGUAUCCCCUCCCUCCCAUCACGCCAAUCCCAUACCUGGAGUUUCGUUAUAAGAGGAGAGUUUACACGCAGAGCUACGUGGAUGACAAACAGCUGGCCAAGCUGCACACCAAGGCAAACCUGAAGCGUUUCAUGGAACAUGUCCAUCAGAAGAAUGUGGAGAAGGUUUCCAAAUGGUUGGAAGGCCUGGACCCCAACUUCCACGACUCCGACACCGGGGAGUGUCCUCUGACUCUGGCCGUCCAGCUGGAGGAGAGCUGUGACCUGAUUAAAGUCCUGCGCAGUGGAGGAGCUCACUUGGACUUCAGGACCAGAGACGGUAUCACCGCCCUGCACCGGGCCGUCCUCUGCAGGAACAGCGCCUCUCUCACUACUCUCCUGGACCUCGGAGCGUCUCCAGACUACAAGGACAGCAGAGGUCUGACGCCCCUCUAUCACUCUGCCAUGGUGGGCGGCGCCCCCUACUGCUGUGAGCUGCUGCUGCAGGACCACGCCACCAUUGGGAUGACUGACGAGAACGGGUGGCAGGAAAUCCACCAGGCAUGUCGCUAUGGUAACGUGCAGCACUUGGAGCACCUGCUGUUCUAUGGUGCUGACAUGAGUUCCCAGAAUGCAUCUGGAAACACCGCACUGCACCUCUGUGCUCUCUACAACCAGGACAGCUGUGCCAGAGUGUUGCUGUUUAGAGGAGCAAAUAAAGACAUCAAAAAUUACAACAAUCAGACUGCCUUUCAGGUGGCGAUAAUUGCUGGGAACUUUGAACUUGCAGAAAUCAUUAAGAUCCACAAAACCUCUGACGUUGUUCCCUUCAGAGAAACUCCAUCCUACACAAAACGCCGCAGAACCGGCGUGAGCAGGACGACGGCCGGAAAUGGUCUGGCUUCUCCGCGCUCUCUGAUUCGCUCAGCCAGCGACAACGCUUUGGAAAGCCCCGCCUCCUCUCCUGGCCCCUCCCUCCAAAGCCUGGAAACACACCAUGACACGCACACACAUUCGCUACGACGACACACACGCCGGCUCAGCCCGAGCGGCGGAGGUCAUGUGGAGACCAGCCCCCCCUCCUCCCCUCCCUUAACCCCGCAGAUGAGGAAGAGGAGGCUGUACAGCGCUGUACCGGGGCGCACCUUCAUCGCCACCCGCUCCCACGUCCCCCAGGGGACCGGAGAGAUCCAGCUGCACCGAGGAGAGAGGGUCAAAGUUCUGUCCAUAGGUGAAGGAGGAUACUGGGAAGGAAGUGUGAAAGGAAGAACUGGCUGGUUUCCUGCCGACUGUGUUGAGGAAGUCCAGAUGAGACAAUACGACCCGAGACUGGAGACGAGAGAGGACCGCACCAAGAGACUGUUCAGACAUUAUACUGUAGGAUCCUAUGACAACUACACCUCCUACAGUGACUAUGUGAUCGAGGAGAAGACGGCCGUGCUGCAGAAGAGAGAGAGCGAGGGAUUCGGCUUCGUCCUCAGAGGAGCUAAAGCUGAGACCCCCAUCGAGGAAUUUGCCCCCACCCCGGCGUUCCCCGCCCUCCAGUACCUGGAGUCAGUGGACCAGGGGGGCGUGGCCUGGAGGGCGGGGCUACGGACCGGAGACUUCCUCAUAGAGGUGAACGGAGCCGACGUGGUGAAGGUGGGUCACCGGCAGGUCGUCUCUCUGAUCCGACAGGGUGGAAGUCGACUGCUGAUGAAAGUUGUGUCUGUUUCCAGGAAAUCUGAAACCAACCUGAUCAGGAAGAAAGCCCCGCCCCCUCCAAAACGAGCUCCCAGCACCUCGUUGACCCUCCGAUCCAAGUCCAUGACCGCUGACCUGGAGGACAUAGCCAGGAGGAGACGCUACGAGAAACUGGACGAGAUGUUAGCCGGGGGUCAACAGGAAGUUGUUCUGAGGGCUCGACCGGCAGACGACUUCAGAGCGGCGACAGUGAAACAGAGACCGACCAGCCGAAGAAUCACACAGGCUGAGAUUAACUCGUUGUUUGAGCGUCAGGGUUUGGUGCCCCCUUCAGCUCCAGAGAAAAGCACCAUGGCUUUACCCCGAGGGAUGUCCAGAACCAAGAGCUUUGGUACACCUGAGGACGACAGGAUCUCGGCAUUGAUCAACGAAAGUCGUUUUCCACGGAGCUCCUCGUUGACGGAUAGCUUCAUCCCUCCGCCUCCUCAGACAGCUCCACCUCCUCCCCCCUCCGCCACUUCCUCCAGCUCACCGCUCUUCCUCCUCGACUCUGGCCCACCGCCGUCCUUCCUCCCCCCUCCUCCUCCAGCCAGAGGGGAGGGGCUAACCCGCUCCAGCUUCAAGCCAGGGGCGGAGCCGAGGCUCCAGGAGCUCUCUGAUUCGCCAACGAGGAGCCACGCCCAUGCAGAGCGUCAAAGAAAGGCGAGGUCGAUGAUCAUCCUGCAGGAUACGCCGCCGCAGCUGCAACCUGAUGCGCAUGCUGCCGCCACACACGCGCUGCACACCGCCACACACACAGCCACGCACACGCUUCAUACUGCCACACACACCUCCACGCUGUCUCUCCACAGCACAAGCCCCGCCCUCGGUCACUCACCGCUGUCACGCCGCCGAGGACGACCAAUAGAAAACCCUUAUGCUAAUGUUGGACAGCAAGCUCCGCCCUCCAAGCCGCAGAGGAGAAAGUCACCUUUGUUGAAACAACUUCCUGUAGAGGAGCAGGGACUUGGAAUCAAAGAUCAGGAUCUGUUGAAAGCAGAUGGGGGCGGACCCAGCAGCCCCAGUAGGGCUGAGCUGUACCAGCAGCAGGUCCUUUCAGAGCGGGCUCGGGUUCAGGGUCGCAGGUCGUCUCUCUUCCUGUCUGUGGAGGGAGCGGGGUCAGAAAAUCAAGUGCCGCCCCUCCUGACUCAGAGCCAUUCGAUGGACGACCUCGGCGAGCUACCUCCUCCAGCCCCGGUUCUGUCGCCAUCACCAACGCCUCACACCUUCCUCCAUCCGCUGACGGGGAAACCUCUAGACCCCUCAUCUCCACUUGCCCUGGCUCUUGCUGCAAGAGAACGAGCGCUCACCGCCCGCACGCCAAGCCCAGAGCCUCGACUUAAACACAUGUCUGCCUCCACCACACCCAUACCCACCCCAGCUGCCAGCCCUGAGGGCAGACACAAGCGCACACCUAUCACCACCCCGCAGAGCAGCCCAGAGCCACGAUCAAAACGCACCACCCCUCAGACAAGCCCUGAGCAGCGAACCAAGCGCACCACUCCUCAGACCAGUCCUGAGCUAAGGCAUAAACGCAUAACCCCGCCUUUGUUCCCUGACGGACAGGUGGAGCGUCCAGAAACAGAGGGAGGAGUGACAUCUCCUGCCGGCCCCUCCCCUGAGCGUUGGAGACCCACCCCCUUACCAUCGCUGGCCAAUGAGACUCAUGCUCUGAUUGACAGGCGAAGAAGCCUCACAGUGGGCAGCUCAGAGGAGGACGGCGGGGCCUACACAGUUACUCUCCCACCGGCGUUGUUAUCGUCCAGUGAUGAGGAGACUAGAGAGGAGCUCCGCAGAAUCGGCCUAGUAACUCCACCUGCUGCCUUUGCCAGUUCUUCUGCCCCUCCUCCCCCAUCCUCCCUCACUUUGUUGCCUCGGCGAGGCGUGGAUGGAGGGGGAGUAGAGGGUGGUCCUGACUCCCUGGGUAGACGAGGAGAUGAGGAGGAAGGAGGUGACGAACGGCUCCUCGACAGCUCCUCCUCCCCCAGUUCACUUCCUCCCUCCAUAACCUUGGCUUCCCCUCCUGCUCCAUCCUCCCCCUCCUCUCCUCCUGCCACUCACCCUUCCCCCUCCUCCCCGGCCACCUCCCCAAUUGCUCUUAAACCACGCCUUCGUUCACCAAUCGGUCGGGGCCGCUCGGCGCUCCGGGACCCGCUGCUGAAGCAAUCGUCAGACAGUGAGCUCCUCCCAUCUGCUGCAUCCUCCUCCUCCCCUUCCUCGCCACUGUGUUCCUCCCCCACCAGUGGCGGUGGACGGCAGCCACGCUAUCUGUUCCAGAGGAGGUCCAAGCUGUGGGGGGGUGGGGAUGACCGUGAGGAGCGGCGGGGCUUCAGCCCGGACGACGUGGGACGUCCAGCGGCACUGGGAGGUCAGGGAUCGGGGUCAGCUGUGGAUCUGACCAGCCGGUCGGCAUCAGCACUGGAGCUGAGUGGCAGAGCUGGGUCUGGACUGGAUCUGGCGAAUCGGCUACAGCUGCUCAACAAAGACAGUCAUUCUCUGGGGGAGGAGCCGAGUCCCCUUGACCCGGGUCGGAGGUCACCAGUAGGAGGUGCCAGAUGUGUGGACAAUGGAGAGAGUAAAUCGUUGUUCUCCAGUCUUGGUGAACUCCACACUAUCUCCCAGCGAGGUUACGGCGCCAGCUACACAGUCCGACCAGGAAGCCGCUACCCUGUCACUCGCCGGAGCCCCUCCCCCUCUCCCUCCCCAUCUGAUAGGUCUAUAGGGCUAGCUUCCUCCACCGCCCCGUGCUCCGAAAGGCCAGAUCUGAGCUCGGGUCGAGGUCUAACCAUCCUGAAGUCGUCCAGUCUUAGCCUUCCCUCUGAACCAAAAGAGGUUCGGUUUGUGAUGCGAAGCGCCAGUGCACGAACCAGGUCCCGUUCACCCUCACCUUCACCCCACGCCUCACCCUGCCCCUCACCGGUCCUCAGCGGGCCCCUUUUGGCCCUUCGGCCAUGGAGGCAGCGGCCCCUUAACCUGUGGAAUAAAUAUGACGUGGGUGACUGGCUGGAGAGUGUGGGCCUGGCCGAACACCGCCAGCGCUUCCAGGAGCACGAGAUUGAAGGCUCCCAUCUCCCCGCCCUCACCAAGGAGGACUACGUGGAGCUGGGGGUCACCAGGCUAGGACAUCGAAUCAACAUCGAGAGGGCACUCAGACAGCUGCUGGAUGGUUCCACUUGACCCCUCACCUCCGACCGCUAACCUCUAGACAUCCUGAACUGUGACCUCAUAACCCCUGACCUCUGGUCAGACACCAGGCCAUCUCUUUGACUAGGAUAUCUUAGCAGUGACUUAAUCUUUAGACCUUUUUACCAACGUGGCGCCCUCUCUGAGUGAUCUCGCUGGCCUUUUGGCUUAUCAGCUCUUUGAUCAACCCAAAUGGCCUGGUAGCACCAAGGUCUGUGUCCAGUAGUUAGCUUUAAUGUUAUUUUAGAUCUCCAAGAUUUGGUUUGACCUCAGUUAGUGUCCAGUGCCUCCUGUUUAUGCCAUAUAAAACCUUAUUUAUCUUUUUAAAGGUAAAAAGAACUAAAAAUGGACCACCAAGCGUUAUCUGAGUUACUGCUGUCAGAACACCAAUAGGAGACAACGAGGUUGCCAUAAAUCUUACUUUUUUCUUCUGUUUGAAGCCUUUUUGCACAGAUUUUUCACCAAAAGUGCAAGUCAAACCACAAACAGAGCACAGCCAUAAUUUCCAAUCAGCUGCAGAAGACAUAACUGCUUACUUUCAGAUUUUGCAGCCAAAAGUUGAUAUACAUCGGACUUACCUCUAAAUAUACCAACCAAUCCCAACACAGAAAUUUGAUUCUGGCCUGAGAUUUAAGUUAAGGCAGUGAAAAUCUGCAGUAGAAACUAACCAUCCCGACUAAUGUUACCAUUUUGUACGACAACAAACUGAUACUGAGGGUGAAGAAUGGCUAAAAAAUAUGCAAAAGUAGAA